UUGACCCACUGACUUAGCAGGUGCUGUGGUGAAAAAGUUACUAGUAUGAAUAUCAGUUUCGUUUGCAAAUGUCAUGAGAAGAACCUGAAAGAAAUCUGUGUCAAGUGACGGGGCUCCUGUUGCCAUGGCUUUGUCGGAGUUGUACACAAAGUAUAACAGGGUGUGGAUUCCUGACGCGGAACAUGUGUGGAAAUCCGCGGAGAUUUUAAAAGAUUUCCAACCGGGAGACAAAGAGCUGGAAUUACAGCUGGAGGAUGGAACGGAGUUGCAGUAUCCUCUGGAGGGGGGUGAGAAGUUGCCACCCCUUCGUAACCCGGACAUACUGGUGGGUGAGAAUGACCUCACUGCUCUCAGUUACCUCCACGAGCCGGCCGUGCUUCACAACCUCAAAGUUCGAUUCGUCGAGUCCAAAAUUAUUUACACAUAUUGUGGAAUUAUCUUGGUGGCAGUAAAUCCAUACAAGCAGCUCCCCAUCUAUGGAGAUGCGGUCAUCCAUGCAUACUCUGGGCAAAACAUGGGAGACAUGGACCCUCAUAUAUUUGCUGUGGCAGAAGAAGCCUACAAACAAAUGGCCAGGAAUAACAAGAAUCAGUCCAUCAUCGUGAGUGGCGAGUCAGGAGCUGGAAAGACCGUAUCUGCUCGGUACGCUAUGAGGUAUUUCGCUAUGGUCAGCAAGUCUAGCAGCAACACACGGGUGGAGGACAAAGUUUUGGCAUCCAACCCCAUCACUGAGGCAAUUGGAAAUGCCAAAACAACCAGAAAUGAUAAUAGCAGUCGAUUCGGAAAGUACACUGAGAUCAGCUUUGACAAAAGAUACCAAAUCAUUGGCGCUAACAUGAGGACAUACCUCCUGGAAAAGUCAAGAGUUGUGUUUCAGUCUGAGAAUGAGAGAAAUUAUCACAUCUUUUACCAAUUGUGCGCCUGUGCAAAUCAACCAGAGUUCAAAACCUUAAGACUGUUGAGUGCCGACAAAUUUAAUUACACUUGCAUGGGUGGUGAGAUAGAGAUCGAAGGUGUGGAUGAUUGCGCUGAUAUGGCAGAAACACGCAGAACCUUCAGUCUUCUGGGUCUCAAGGACAGUUUUCAAGCUGAUGUGUUUAAGGUGCUUGCAGCAAUUCUACACUUAGGAAAUGUUGUCAUCAAGGCUAAUAACUCUGACAAAUCAUCUAUCAAUUCCAGUGACCCUCACUUGGCCAUAUUCUGUGACCUGAUGGGCGUCAAAUUAGAAAACAUGUGCCAAAGGCUAUGUCAUCGGCGGAUCGUUCUAUCAGCGGAGACUGUAGUCAAACCUCAGCCCAAGGAGCGGGCCAUCAACGCCCGUGACGCCUUGGCCAAACACAUCUACGCCUACCUUUUCGACUGGGUCAUCCACAAAAUCAACCAGGUGCUACUGGUGCCCGGGAAGCAACAUUCAUUUAUUGGGGUGUUGGAUAUUUAUGGAUUUGAGACCUUUGAUGUUAACAGUUUCGAGCAGUUCUGCAUUAACUACGCCAAUGAAAAGCUGCAACAACAGUUUAACAUGCAUGUAUUUAAACUGGAGCAGGAGGAGUAUAUGAAAGAGGACAUUCCAUGGACGCUGAUUGAUUUCUAUGACAAUCAGCCUGUCAUCGAUCUCAUCGAAGCUAAGAUGGGUAUUCUGGACCUUCUGGAUGAGGAGUGUCUGUUCCCUCAAGGCACUGAUAAAAACUGGCUACAAAAACUCUACAAUUUUCUUGGCUCAAAACCGCUGUUUGAGAAACCCCGUUUGUCCAAUGACUCUUUUUUGAUCCAGCAUUUUGCUGAUAAGGUAGAAUACCAGUGUAAAGGUUUUCUGGAGAAGAAUCGAGACACUCUUUAUGAAGAGCUUGUCGACAUCAUGCGCACUAGUCAGUUUGCUCUCUUGGCAGAAUUCUUUCAAGUUGAAGAACGGAAUUCUGGGCACAAAAAUGUCAAAGUGACACCAGCACAACCCAAAGUUAAAGCUUCAAACAAACAGCUGAGAACCACAGUAGGAGAUAAGUUUCGGAGUUCCUUGUAUCUGUUAAUGGAGACACUGAAUGCUACCACACCUCAUUAUGUGCGCUGUAUCAAACCAAAUGAGGAGAAAAUAUCAUUUGAGUACGACUCAAAGCGUGUGGUACAGCAGCUGAGAGCCUGCGGUGUGUUGGAGACAAUCCGCAUCAGUGCUCAGAGUUACCCAUCCAGGUGGACGUAUAUCGAGUUUUACAGCCGUUACAGUAUUUUGAUGAGCCAGUCAGAGCUGAAGUUGGGAGAAAAGAAGCAGACGUGUAGGACGGUUCUACAGAGACUCAUUCCUGAUUCCGAUCAGUACAAGUUUGGACGGACAAAGAUCUUUUUCCGAGCGGGGCAGGUGGCAUACCUGGAGAAGCUCCGUUUGGAUCAUCUCCGUGCAGCAUGCGUGACCAUCCAGAAGCAUGCAAGGGGCUGGAGACAGAGGCGCAGAUUCCUCCAUAUGAGGCAAGCAGCCAUCACCAUCCAACAGUACGUCCGCGGCAAGAAACAAAUCAGAUGCACCGUGACAGCUCAGGCGUUGAAGCAGGGCUGGGCAGCUAUAGUGAUUCAGAGACACUGUCGUGGGUAUCUGAUACGGAGGGUGUACCAGCUCAUCCUGAUCGCUACAAUCACAGUACAAGCCUUUACAAGAGGGUGGAUGGCCCGCAAGAACUACAGAAAGAUGGUUGCGGAACACAAGGCUCUGGUUCUUCAGAAGUACACGCGUGCUUGGCUGGCCCGCAGGCGGUUUCAGACCAUGCGCAGGCUGGUCCUAAACGUUCAGCUCUCGUACAGAGUACAACAGCUUCGCAAGAAAGUGGAAGAACAGAAUAAAGAGAAUUGUGGUCUUUUGGAACGACUCGCCAGUGUGUCAAACGCACGUGCUCAAGGAAUAGAAAAGGUUCUGACUCUGGAGGCGGAGCUUUGCAAACUAACUAAUGAGAGGGCGGCUUUAGAGGAGAGGGAGAGAAAAAACAUAGAAGAGGCCAAUCAGGCAAUCGCUCUGCUUCAGAAUGAUAAAGGGAAACUUACUCAAAUGAAUAAGGCUUUGGAGCAGAAACUGAGUGAUACGAGCCAACAGAUGCAAGAUCACUUUGAGGAUGUGAAGAGAAAACUGAUGGAAGAUUUAGAAAGAGAGGAGAGACUUAGGAAGGUGGCAGAGCACAACAGUGAACUCCAGAAAGAAGACUUGGAUAAAGAGAUCGUGACACUGAAAGAAGAGAAUCGGCGACUGAAAGAAGAACGGAUCAGACUGCAGACGCAGGUUGAAGAGGACAAGCAGCUCAAUGCAGAAAUGCAAGAACAACUGGUGCAGCUCACCAAACAUGUCAAGAUCAUACCAGAUCUACGAAAGGAAAUUAACAGUCUUCAGAUGCAGAAAGCUGAAGCCGAUAAAAACAUGAAAGAUCAGAGUCAACAAGUCAGAGCUAAGAUGAGUUUGAUUACACGGCAGCUGCUUGGUGAAGCCGUAGAGGAAGCGCUCAUUCACAGGCUGAAUGAAGAAUCAUUAGAUAGUGACGUCGGAGAUGAUCUUCUCUCUGCUUUUGACAGAAUGGAGAAAGCUGCUAAAGUGAUGGAGACUCAACUGGGGGAACAGAAAGAAGCUUACGAGAGUCAGAUGGAAGUGUUGGUUUUUAAAAACGAACAUUUAAACAAAGAGAACGAGCAACUUCAAGCCCUCUUUCAGGAGAAGAGUGAUGUCAACCACAGCAUCGGACAGGAAGUGGCCCGCCUCACUGCUGAGAACAUGGUGAUUCCAGAACUGAAGCAGCAAGUUUCAGAACUGACCCGUCACAAACACGAACUGGAGACCCAGAUACAAGAUCAGAGUACUGACAUGACCGCCAAAAUGAAGGAGUUAUCGAAUCAGCUUCAGCUCACUGUUGAAAAGGAGCGAUUGCAGUGCAGGCUCCUGGAGGAGAGGAUUACAGAGAGUGAGAGAAGAGGAGAAGAGCUGGAGAGACAGAUUUUGGACCUCCAAGAAGAGAACGAGAAGCUGCAGAAAACUCAGCUCACAGAGAAUGAAGCCAAGAACAGACUGAGACAAGAGACAUCACGCCUCACAGCUGAGAACAUGGACUUUGAGGAGCAGUUAGAUAUGAAGGACAGACUGAUAAAGAGACUCCAAGACCAAAUCAAAUCUCUUCAAACAUCUGAGACAGCCAAUCAGAGAGCAGCACCAGCAGUGCCCAAAGAAUACUUGGGCAUGUUGGAAUACAAGAAGGAAGAUGAAAGCAGGCUGGUCCAGACUCUCAUAAUGGAGCUGAAACCUCGUGGUGUGGUUGUGAAUAUGAUCCCUGGUCUGGCUGCUCAUCUCCUCUUCAUGUGUGUAAGACAUGCUGAUUAUCUCAACGACGGAAACAAGCUUAAAUCCCUCAUGCAUGCCAUUAUCAAGGCCGUCAAAGAUGUUGUAACGGUGCACCAAGAGGAUUUUGAAAUUCUGUCCUUCUGUCUCUCAAACACAUAUCACUUUCUCAACUGCCUCAAACAGUACAGUGGUGAUGAGGAGUUCAUUAAGCACAACACUCCACGUCAGAAUAAGAACUGCCUGAAGAACUUUGACCUGUCAGAGCACAGGCAGGUCCUCAGCGAUCUGGCCAUCAACAUCUACCAUCAGUUCAUCAGCGUGAUGGAGGACACGCUCUUUCCUAUGAUUAUUCCAGGGAUGUUGGAGCACGAGAGUCUCCAGGGGAUCUCCAGCAUGAAACCCACCGGCUUCCGUAAGCGCUCAAGCAGCGUGUACGAGGACGGUGAGGGCCACAGCAGUGGUGAGCCGCUCAGCGUGACGUCCAUCUUGCAGCAGCUCGCCACAUUCCACACCUGCAUGGCACAGCAGGGCAUGGAGCCACAGCUGCAGAGUCAGGUCAUCAGACAGAUGUUCUACCUGAUCGGAUCCACUUCAGUCAACAGCAUUCUGCUGAGGAAAGACCUGUGCUCCUGUCGCAAGGGCAUGCAGAUCAGGUGUAACAUAAGUUACCUGGAGGAGUGGCUGCGAGAGAAGGGUCUGCAGAGCAGCUGUGCCAUGGAAACUCUCGGACCACUGUCACAGAUCGCAUGGCUUCUUCAGGUCAACAAAACUACAGAUGAGGACGCAGCUGAAAUCAAGCAGAGAUGCUCCGAGCUCUCGCCUGUACAGAUUGUGAAAAUUCUUAACUCUUACACACCCAUUGAUGAUUUCGAAAAACGAAUCACUCCAUCCUUUGUCCGGAAGGUGCAGGCAUUGCUGCAGGAGCGUGAGGGGUCGUCUCAGCUGAUGAUGGAUGCACAGUAUCGGUUCCAGGUGACUUUUCCGUUCUGCUCCUCACCACAAGCCCUGGAACUCCUACAGGUGCCCAGCAGCCUCCGUCUGGGCUUCGUCACUCGCAUAUGACCUGUGACCUUUGCCCCCUCACAUUGUGAUAUUAUUUACAAUUGGUCUUUUCAUGAUAGAAUAGCUAUCCGAUCUGUUGAAAAGCAUGAAGUGACUAAGGGAAAAUACCGCCUCUGAAUGCUGACAUAAAUAUAUUAUAUAAACUUUGCAGUGUAACUGAAUAGUGGUAACACUUUAAAAUAAGGUUUAAUUUGAUAACAUUAGUUAAUACACCAUGAACUAACAAUGAACAAUUGUAUUUUUAUUAACUAACAUUAACAAAGAUUAAUAAAUGCUGUAAAAAAUAUAUUGAUAAUUGUUUGAUACCUAAUGCAUUAACUGUAAAGUGUUACCUGAAUUGUUAAUAUAAACAUAUUAAAGCUAAUUAUAAUAAUUGCACACUUUUUUAUAUAUAUUGUUUAUUUUUUAGUGUAUUUACAAUCAUAUGUGCUCUAUUUAAUAAUGUGAAGAGCUUCUUUGAUUUUAAUCAUUUUUGUACCCCAUAGUUUUUUACAAGAUCGAAUGUGAACAAACAUGUUAUGAACAUACACACAUUUCAGUAACCCAAACCAACCUCGAAUAGUUCAUUCCCCUCUUGUAAUUCCUAAUAAGUGUUGUUACAUUGUUCUCCCAUUGCAUUUUUUAUAAAUCACAUAAAAUAAAUCAAUAAACUCAACUGCCAA